AUUUGAAUUGGAUCUCGCGCAAAAAAUAUAAAAUAUGCGGAUGCAUUCUGAACCUUAUUGCGCAGUGAUAGCGCAUUGGUUGUUUAUCAAUGAUAUGUAAAUAGCUCUGCUUUGCAUGUAGGUGUUGCGUGAGGAUUUGGCAUCUCCUAAAGCUGAACCAGUGCGUGUGACGCGAGCGAGGGAGCAAACGCGUUCCGAAUUUUAUCUUUAACACACAGUAUUGUAACCGAUAGCUACAGUUCAGUGCGUACUCGCUAAACCAGUGAUAACGGGAAUGUUUCGGUUCGAGUGUGUGUGAUAGUGUCGGAUAAAGUGCAAAAUGUUGGUGUCUCCUAUAUCGUCAGCCAACCUGACUAGCCACUCUCUUUCCUCGAUGUUUCGGAGGCGCCGAAACCGCUCACCCGUCACGACUCGACCAGAGAAACAGCUGUCAGCGCUCGCAUCAGGGCCACCUCCUCCAGCACCCAUUGUGCCAAGAUCGGCUGAAGGGCCCCGACCCCCCGGCUGGAACGGCCAGCCUCGAAGACAUGGCUCCAGCAGGUUCAACGUCCACAAUCACAACCAGGAGCUCGUGAAAUUACCACCAAUCAAAGAUGCACCAGCGGCGGAGCGUGAACAGCUGUUCGUUCAGAAGCUGCAGCAAUGCUGUCUUCUCUUCGACUUCGCAGACGAGCCCCUAUCCGACCUCAAAUGGAAGGAGGUCAAAAGGGCAGCACUCCUGGAGAUGGUGGAAUACGUGACGUCACAAAGAGGCGUUAUUACUGAACCUAUAUAUCCUGAGGCGGUUAAUAUGUUCGCGAUAAACUUAUUCCGGACACUACCGCCGUCGUCAAACCCGAAUGGUGCGGAGUUUGACCCUGAAGAAGACGAGCCCACGUUAGAAGCGGCAUGGCCACACCUACAACUAGUCUACGAACUGUUCCUAAGGCUACUGGAGUCCCCCGACUUCCAGCCUAACAUCGCCAAGAAGUAUAUCGACCAGAAGUUUGUUUUACAAUUGCUAGAACUAUUUGACUCCGAGGAUCCAAGAGAGCGGGACUUCCUAAAGACGACUCUACACAGGAUAUACGGAAAGUUCUUAGUGCUACGGGCGUACAUACGGAAACAAAUCAAUAAUGUGUUCUAUAGGUUUAUCUACGAGACAGAGCAUCACAACGGUAUCGCGGAGUUGCUGGAGAUCCUCGGCUCCAUCAUCAAUGGAUUCGCUUUGCCGCUCAAAGAGGAACACAAACUAUUUUUAUUGAGGGUACUACUACCGCUGCACAAGGCAAAGUCCCUGUCAGUGUACCACCCUCAGCUCGCCUACUGCGUGGUGCAGUUCCUUGAGAAGGAUCCCUCGCUCACACAGCCUGUAGUUAGGGCACUAUUGAAAUACUGGCCGAAGACCCAUUCACCGAAGGAAGUGAUGUUCCUUAACGAAAUGGAGGAGAUCCUGGACGUGAUAGAGCCGGCGGAGUUCCAGAAGAUCAUGGAUCCGCUGUUCAAGCAGCUCGCUAAAUGCGUCUCCAGUCCACACUUCCAGGUAGCGGAACGCGCCCUCUAUUACUGGAACAACGAGUAUAUAAUGUCCCUUAUAUCGGACAACGCGACGCACAUCCUUCCCAUAAUGUUCCCCUCGCUGUACCGCAACACAAAGAGCCACUGGAACAAGACCAUUCACGGCCUCGUCUACAAUGCUCUCAAACUCUUCAUGGAGAUGAACCAGAAACUCUUUGAUGAAUGCACGCAGCAGUACAAGCAGGAGAAACAAAAAGAGCGGGAGCGGCUGCAGCAGCGCGAGGAGGUGUGGCAGGCGCUGGAGGCGCGCGCCGCCGCCGCCCCCGCCGCGCCGCGCGCGUCCGCCCCGCCCCCCGCCGACAGGGACGACCUCGCACCCCUCACCUACCAGCGGAUCGAGCAGGAGGCGCAGGAGCUCAGGAAACAAGGCUACAACGCUAGCAAACCCCUUCUUCGCAAGAAAUCCGAGCUACCGGCGGACUCUACAACAGUGAAAGCGUUGAUUGAACACAAGCGAGCCGACCCGUAUCUCUCCACCCCGCCGGACGUCAACCAAUGCUAGCAACACCGAACCUGCCCGCACACACACACUAUAGAAAGCUUCACAGCUAAUCUCAAUGGAGGUGGAAUACAAACCAUGCCUUAGAAAAAAAAUCCAUAUUACUCUUUGAGAAAUAAUUUCACCCACCGUGAUACAAAUUGUCAAUGCAGUGAUGGAUAAAACUGAAAAUUCCACCCCGAAGCAUUACGAAAAUUCAUAAGGUAUGCCAACGGCCUCUCGUGGGAAACGGAUGUCUAUGACAAAAAAAUUGUACCUAAUAUUAUGCCAAUACGUGUUUUAAAAGUGCCGAACGUUUUGACCGCUGGCAACACCGCGGUCGCCCGAGUGUGCGAGCGAGAGGACGCUAUAUGAGUGACACGAGUGACGCAUUGUGCUCGAUAUUGAUUAGUUAGUACACAUAUAUUAUUACGGUAGUGUCCUUUUGUUGAUGUUUUAUAUCCACUUGGGUCGACAAUCGCGUUCGAAUCACGUGAUCGCCGACCAAUCGGAGGCCGUUCGCUUUUGCGUGCUAUCACCUGAUUGGUUGGCUAUCACGCCAUAUAAAAUUGCUACUUAAAUGUACUCAAGCACUGCUGUUAUUGUAUUAUAUUGUAAAAGGAAUAUGUUCGUCGCGUUGUCGACCUGUAUACGAAAGUGAUGCAAAUUGGCAUUGUGAGUGGCUGGGACAGAGUUUUCUUUCUGUGGUCUUUCAUGAACACAUUCAUAUUAUAUUACUUACCUAUCAGGCUCAAAUACUGAACGUAAUAAACGUUUCUUAGUACUUGGCUUAGCUAUAUUCCCGUCUCUUUUACACAUUUGACUCAACAUCUGUAUGACAAAGACAGGUAUAACUAAACCUAUGUACGUGCUAAGCAAACGUUUAUGAAAUUCAAAAUUUUGUACAGUUUUAACACACAUUUUCUCUAAUUCGGUACGGACGUGUGUUCCUAACGUUUCAUCUUCAAUACGCAUCACAAGGCUACUCGUUUUAGUUACUCGAAAUUUUAUUUAAAUAUAUUUUUUAAUAUAAAAAGGUUUCUAUACCAUUCCACGCGCGAACCACCUACGAAAUGUUUACAAAAACUUCUUAGCCCAAUCGUGUAUUUAAUUUAAAAAUAUUUUUUAGAUUAUAAUCAAUUUGUUUAACGCCAUACGGUUUUUUAAAACGAGAGGAUAUCAAAUUUUUGUCACCAAAUGACUGUAUAUGAACUAAUAAAGUCUUAUGGUUGGUCCAAAUUUAAUUUGAUAAACUCCCGUCUUAUGUAAAAUCUUUAAUUUAUUAUUUAUAAUAAACCAAAUACAUGAACGCAUGUUUAUAGUCAUCAAUGUCUUAUAAGUUUGACAUCGGUUAUAGAUCUCAUUGAGGUUUACACAAAAUUAGGAACGUGUGUACAUGUCAAACUAUAAAAGCCUUAUUACAAAACAAUGUUUUCUUUAUUCCAAGUCUAAAACAUUGAGCCAGUUUUUCUAUUUCAAACUGAAGGUAGAUGAAAAUAAGAUUCAAAAUACAAAACCUAACUCAAUGGUUUAAACUUACACUAAAGAUAAAUCUUGUUUUGUAAUAAGGAGGUAAAUGUUUUUAUAUUUAAGUCGAGGCGAGGACAUCGCAUAAGUAUAGAUAUAAUAUUUAAACAUACAAAAAUGCGUGUCCUAAUAUUCUCGCCAGCACGGGAACAUAUUUAGCUUAUAUUAUAAACACUACCUUUAAGUACGUAACAUAAGUCUCGUUUUAAUAUAAGAUUUGUAAUAAAAACGUAAUUCAACCGUCCCACGGCAAAAGUAUUUUGAUAAAUGUGACGUGUGUUGUUCGCUUGUUGCAUACUACGCUUGCCACACAUUCGCUAAUAGAAAAACGUAGAUACACUUCCCGGGUGUAAGCUAAAUAUGUUGCCGGUUACGACCCAAACUUUGUUUAUUUAUACAUUAUUAUGCCUAUAUGCCUUUAUGAAUUAUUUUAAUCUUACAACUCGGGGCACCUGCGGUAAUGAUUAUCCAUUUAAGUUAUAUUAUUUUGCGUAUUUAGAGUGCCAAAGGAGUUGUGUUGAAGCCAUUUCAAACUGUCGACUUAACAAUGUGUAAUGUAUUGUAUCUAUAAAAUGUAUUAGAUGAGCUUCGGGAAUGAAAGUGUGGAUGUGAUGAAGAGCACCUAUGUAUGGAGUUAUUUAUUUUUUUAUUUUAACAUUAAUGAAAAUAUCCGUGUUAUUGAGUGACGACUGAAAGGGAAUUAUCAAGAGUUGUAACUACGCAAGUAUUGGAUACUAUCUACUAUGAAAUAGAUUUUGUAACUUUUAUAUUUAUAGUUAUUUGCAAUCAUGUAUAAUGACCUUAAUGUUAAAUGUACAGUUUCGUGUCAUUGGCCUCUGCGACUUCGUAGCCAGUUUGAGGUAAAAGAUAUUUCGAACUUUAUUGUUAUUGCAAUUCCAUUUAUUUU